AUGGUGACAGCAGCUGACGUGCCCAUCGCGACAGGAUAUGCGCAACACGCGCGUCGAAAGCUGAGUACUGUCUCCGAGCGCACGACAACUGGCGGCCAGGAGAAGUUGGACAUUGAGUCGAAUCUCAAUCAGCACGACUCAGGGCUGGAAUGUCCCAUCUGCAUUGGGCCAUUGUUCGUCUCAAGCGAUCACAGCACGACCAACGGAGACCUACCGACGCACGCAGCAUCUUCGCACGCUGCUGAAGAGGGCGGGGAAGUCAACGUUGGAGGAUCUCAAAACGCCAUCGGUAAAGUCAGAACAACGCUCGCGGCGUUCAAGCGGAGGAUAUCGCAGCUAUGGGGAACGGAGAGCGCCCCAGACGAGAGUCCCGAGGACGAUAUCUUGACGCUCAAGAAAUGCCAGCACGCCUUCCACGCCAGGUGCCUAUCGUCGUGGUUCCUGAUUGAAAGGUCCAGUCGUCGUAUACACGACGUCAAAAAGGUCACCGAUCCCGGCGCCGGCAUGGGCCCCACACAGACCGACGUAUCGACAGCACCACCUGCAAAGCGCCGCCAGCUCAGUCGCAAAAUGCAAGACCAUUCUCAGACAGGCGUCCGCUUCGCCAUGAGGGAGCUCAGCGAGAUGGAAAAUCGUCUUCAGAACUCCACCAGGACACAACGUCUCACCAUUGAAGCCAGCCACGUCACCGGCGCCGACAAGCAAAGUGGAAAGGGCAAGGUUUGGCGCCCUACUAUCGAAACUGGUCCCGCCAACCCCGAAGAGCGCGUACGCGAGGUCGAAGAAGAACGGUCCGGAACGCCAGAUUUGGACGUUGCACCCAUCGAAGGCCCUCAGGCCGAAGGCGCCAUAGGAGACGUCGAGGACGACAAGUAUCGUGAGGAUGAUGCUCCCGAGAGAGGGGCCGCGAGAGUGCCACCCGUCAACAGUGAUUAUCUGCCUUUGCCGUGGACAGGUCGGUUAGGAUAUGCUUGUUUAAACACAUACCUACGAGCUGCGAAUCCUCCGGUUUUCAGUUCGAGGACCUGUCGCAUUGCCUCCAUCAUACAACACCGGCAUCCGCUUGCCGAUCCCAGCCAACCGGAGCAUGCUACCAAGAAUCGCCCUGAUGACACCAAACCUGCCGAUAUCGCACUGGGCCAGAAGUACGUCCAGGAGCUCGGUUUGGCAAAUGCCAGAGAUAUCGUCAAGAUGCUCCGUUGGAACGACAAGUACGGCAUCAAGUUCAUGCGCCUCAGCUCAGAGAUGUUCCCCUUCGCCAGUCAUGAAGAGUAUGGGUAUCGCCUAGAGCCAUUUGCCGCAGAUGUUCUCGCAGAAGCCGGCAAAGUCGCCACUCGGCUUGGACAUCGGUUAACCACUCAUCCUGGCCAAUUUACACAGCUGGGCUCACCUCGCAAAGAGGUCAUUACAAACGCGGUUCGCGAUCUCGAUUACCACGAUGAGCUGCUCUCACUCCUGCGUCUUCCUGAGCAAGAGAAUAGAGAUGCCAUCAUGAUCCUUCACAUGGGAGGCACCUACGGCGAUAAGGCAGCCACCCUAGACCGGUUCCGUGCCAACUACGCCAAGCUCAAACCAUCCGUCAAGAACCGCCUAGUUCUGGAAAACGACGACGUGUCCUGGUCGGUUCACGAUCUCCUGCCCAUCUGCGAAGAACUCAACAUUCCUAUGGUUCUCGACUUCCAUCAUCACAACAUUGUUUUCGACGCAAAAGAAUUACGCGAGGGCACGGAGGAUAUCAGAGGAGUGUUCGACCGCAUCCGCGCGACUUGGACUCGCAAGGGGAUCCGACAGAAGAUGCACUACAGCGAAUCCUGUCCGGGAGCCAUCAGCCCUCGCGAUCGCAGGAAGCACUCACCUCGCGUGAGAACCUUGCCUCCGUGCUCUCCUGAUAUGGACCUCAUGAUCGAGGCCAAGGACAAGGAGCAAGCCGUCUUCGAGUUAAUGCGCACGUUCAAGCUUCCCGGAUAUGACCUGAUCAACGACAUCAUACCGUUUGAACGAGAGGAUGAGGUUCGAGCCAACAAGAACGGAAGCGCAAAGAAGCCCAAGAAGUCAAAGAAGAAAGUGAAGGACGAGGACGGCGACGACGAAAUGGGCGAGGCUGGUCCCAUAGAGGUUGAAGCAAAGAGCAUUCCUCCCGAGGAGUUUGGAAUGGGUGGUCCCUCGCGGCGGGUUUACUGGCCCGAGGGUAUGGAGGAGUGGUUGAAGCCGAAGAAGAGGGAGAUCAAGAGGAAGCAGACCACCACUGUCAAUGAAGAGUCGUAA